GGUCUCGACAAGGAGUGGCCUUCAUUGUCAUGUCUUGUGCUUCACUUGACCGUAAUACCUGAAAUGCUUCCUUGUGCGCUGACGAUGCCGAAGGCUUCGGCGAAUCCUGCAUUUUCUCCAGAUGAUCACGGAUCCGGUAGCACCCCAUGCCCUCGUCCACACUUCGAACAAGCACCUGGAGUCUCGUGUGCACAUUUUCGACCAAUUCAUCGUGCCGAAAACUCGUCCUUAUUGGAUGUUCCGUUUGGUGAUGAAGAUGAGGACUAUCAACGCCUUUCAGACUUCUCGUCCAUAAUGGCCGACUUGCGAUUACGACCUCGUGUCCCGAUUCGAUCGGGCGAGAUGCGAAAAGCACGAUGA